AUGGUUUACCGUGACGAAAUCAUCCAGGAAGAAAAUGGAAUAAGCUUUUCCAACGAGCACGAUUUUCCAAACGUUUCCACUGAAGACGUUGUGUCCAAAAAGCACAAUGAAGAUGUUGAGCCCAUCUCAAACGAAUUGCCGAUCGAAAAGGAACUGUUCGAAGAUCCUGAUUUUCCGGCAAAUACUUCCUCUUUGUAUCGGAGUAAGGGUGAUAGUGGCAAAGAAGAGCUAGAAUGGAAAAGGCCGAAGGAAAUUAUGGCCAACCCGAAGUUUGUCGUAGAUGGGUUUUCCCGUUUCGAUGUUCGGCAGGGAGGUCUAGGCGACUGUUGGUUUUUAGCCUCGUGCGCCAGUCUUGCCACUGUUCCAGAGCUGUUUGUGAAAGUUGUUCCCAAGGACAAUGUGGAGUUUGAUGCCGACGACUACGAGGGGAAGUAUUAUUUUCGCUUUUGGCAGUAUGGCAAAUGGGUAACAAUUGUAGUUGACGAUCGUUUGCCUGUAGACGGAGAUGACGAAUUGCAGUAUGGACAAACUUCCACGGAAAACGAGUUUUGGUUUGCUCUGCUGGAAAAAGCGUAUGCUAAGCUCCACGGUUCGUACGAAGCGUUGGUAGGCGGGUUUGGAGAAGAUGGAAUGGUCGAUCUUACUGGUGGGUUGAAAAACUAUUACAAACUAAAAAAGAUAACUCCAAAGAAGUUAUUCACCAUGGUUGAACGAUCCCUACAACAGAAGUGUUUGAUAACAACUGGUACCAGAAAACUACCAGAAUUGGAGAAAGUUAAUAUUUCCGGCGGACACGAGUAUACCGUCACGAAGAUUGUAAAGUCGAUCCAACACGAUGUGGAGCUUAUUUGUAUUCGUAACCCUUGGGGUAAAAAGGAAUGGAACGGAGACUGGAGUGACAAAUCCGAUAAUUGGAAAAUAGUGAGUGACGAGAAGAUUAGAAAGCUCAACGUAGUGAAAGAAGACGGCGAGUUUUGGAUGGAUAUCAAGGACUUUGUCGAAUAUUUUGAUGACAUUUCGAUAUGUUAUCAGUCACCUAACGGCUUUGCUGAAUCGCGGAGCAAGGAAAAAUCAUCCUGGACAACGGUCUGCCAGCAUGGCAAGUGGAUUCGUGACCGCACGGCUGGUGGCUCGGAUGAGGAAACUUUCUACAUGAAUCCUCAAUAUCUUAUUACCCUGGAAAAUCACAUGUCCAAUGAGGUUCGCAAUAAAAACUCAAUCAAAUCCGGGAAGCGCUUUAACACAAUUGUAGGUUUAAUGCAAAAGAACAGUCGUGCUUUGGGUAGAGAUGAUCUUUCCAUUGCACUCGCCAUCUUCCCGGUGCCAGAAGAUAUGGAUCUAACGCAGCGCCCACUGCCAAAAAGUUUCUUUGAUAACAACAAAGCCAUCAACAAUACUUCUUCUGUUGCGGAUCGCGAAAGGAUUUUCAACAAGUCGCUGUCAGCUGGCAAGUACGUUUUAGUGCCGUAUACUCGGGAAGCACAGCAGGAGGUCGAAUUUUUCAUCCGAGUUAUUUCAGAGGGUGCAAUUACGCUGACAUGUAUGAAUCAGAUAGAUGAAGCAUAA